AUGACGGCACAGGGCCAGCACUACGAGCUGUACCGCAGUACAUCCGUUGGGAUCGCGCUGGCUGACACACUCGAUGACCUGAUCAGCUCCCGCCGCAUCGAGCCCCAGCUCGCGAUGAAGAUCAUGGGCACCUUCGACGAAGCCAUCGCGAAAGUGCUGAAUGAGAAGUUGAAGGCGCGAAUGUCGUUUAAGGGCCACCUCGAUACCUACCGCUUCUGCGACGAAGUCUGGACCUUCGUCAUCAAGAACAUCCACUUCAAGAUGGAGAACUCGAACACCUUUGAUGCCGAGAAGAUCAAGAUCGCGGUGGAAGCUGGACAACGGGCAGAGGACGCUCGACAGCAAGCGGAGACCGCUAGACUGGAACGUGAAAGUCAACGUGGCCUCGAGUGGUGGUACCCGGAACCGAAACGCGCACGCAAACAGCAAUGCGAACGGGACUACGGACAGGAAUGGCAUGAGCAGGUACUGAGAUCUCAAAUUGAUCGUGAAAGCAAUGAGCAGGCGUUGGCACAUCAACCAUUGAAGUAUGAGAAGGAGGUCAAACUGGAAUCGCAGUACGAAAACGUGCCCGUCUUCAAGCUGGAUACGGGCAGUGGCAAUCAUCAAGGCACAGGCGCCCCUCCCGGCCUGAAAAGGGAAAAGGACGUGAAAGAUGAGAGUGGCGUCACCAAGCACUCGCUCUCGGACUCGUAUUGGAUUGAGAUCAAAAAAGAGAGAUAG